GACAGUAAGGACAGGACAGGUGAGGGCUGAGAGCGCAGUGUAUGAGGCGCCGCCGUCCCCCGGAGAUAGCGCUGACAGCGCUGCACGAGGCUUUGUCCGCCAGGCGGCGUUUUAAUAAAGUUUAGUUGAAAGAUUCUGCGACGUCAGGCAACAUGGCAGCCAGCGGAGCUGCAGUGUCGGUCUUGGCUCCCAACGGACGGCGACAGACCGUAAAGGUGACCGCAGGGACCCCGCUUCUUCAGGUCCUGGAAGAAGUUUGCAAGAAACAGAAUUUUAAUCCCCGAGAAUAUAACCUGAAAUUUCAGAGGACGCUGCUGGAUCUUUCUCUGCAGUGGCGCUUUGCCAACCUUCCCAAUAAUGCCAAACUGGAGAUGGUGAGCGGCUGUCAGCAGCGUUCUGGAGCGGAGAGCGCGAAAGUUCGGGUAGCGUUGCAGUUGGAGGAAGGAGCGAGGUUACAGGACGAAUUCUUCAGCAGCCAAAAUCUAUGGGAAGUCCUGACCCAUUUCUCCCAGAUUAGGGAGUGUUUGGAAGGGUUUGCUCCGGGAAGUGUUGCGGUUUGCGUUUAUAUGCGUGAUGAGGUUUCAGGUGAGCAGGCUUUGAAACAGACAACACUUCAGUCUUUGGGCCUUACAAGUGGAAGUGCCAUAUUCAGGUUUGUAGUGCGGAAGAAUGAGCCAUCGGAGGACAGGCAGCUUGUAAUACCCCAAGAGGAAACAAAAAAGAAGGACAUUGAUGCCCACAAGACUACUGAGAAAGCAGUAGAGAAACCUUCUGCAGCAAUUCAGAAAGAGCAGCAGUCUAUUGACACUACUAAGCUAGAUGACCCCAGAGCCACUCUUCUGCGGGACGCCGGGUUAUCAUCAGCAGAGUCCAUCAACCAACACCAUGUGGCAGAUGUAUUACCAGAUUUGGAGUGCAACAUGCCUGGACCUUCCUCUAGAGGCUUAGGUGAAGCUUCUACUCAGCCUCAGGUGACUUCAUUUAUGCCUUUUCAAGGAGGCGGCCAUCGUUUAGGUGGUGCCAAUGUUCCUACAGAAGCGAACAUGCUGACUGCCACAGCCCAAGAGCCUUCUCAUAGUCCAGGCCCUUCUAAGCCAAAGAAGUCCAAGACUGACGGAGAGGAAAGUGCUGCAGGGCCCAUAGACAGAGAGACCCUGGUGUGCCAUUUGGAUUUGGAAGAAAGUGCCAGUUUCCAGGAGCUCCCAGAUGACUUUUUUGAGGUCACAGUGGAUGAUGUACGAAGAAGAUUUGCUGAGCUCAGAAGUGAAAGGAAGCGGAUUGAAGAAGCUCCUCUAAUGACGAAAGCCCUGAGGGAGGCACAGCUGAAGGAGAAAAUGGAACGGUACCCAAAGGUUGUCCUCCGUGUCCUGUUCCCGGACCGCUAUGUCCUGCAGGGAUUUUUCCGUUUAUCAGAGACAAUCGGUGCAGUGCGGGAGUUUGUGUCGAGCCACCUGGAAGAACCUGAGAUCCCAUUCUAUCUAUUUAUCACUCCUCCAAGAACCGAGCUGAAGGAUGACUCCCUUACCCUUUUCCAGGCCCAGCUGUUUCCUGCUGCUGUUGUUCAUUUUGGGUCACCAAAACCAAGAGAACAUUUCCUGAGGCACAACCUUGUGAGUGAACCAAUGUCUCCUUCCCAAGCCGACCUCUUAGUUGCCAGGGCCAUGCCACGUGUCCUGGUCGGGUCAGCAGCACCUGUGAUGGACGACCAUCCAGAAGCCAGCGCGGUGGUAGCUCACAGAGCACCAGAGGAUUAUGAAGAGCAGGCGGGAAUCCCUGAUUCACAUCAGCAACUUCAAAGGGAUCAUGGCAAAGUACCAAAGUGGCUGAAACUACCAGGAAAGAAGUGAGUGACAUUCCACUUUAACAAAUAAGGACGUCUGAUACCAGUUAUUUCUGCAGCUGAACAUGUUCUGGAUUGUGUUGUGCUGAUCAUAGGACCUCGCAAGUUGAAGGGGUACUCCGGUGCUGAGCGUUUGGAAGAAAAUGUUCCUAACGCUUAGAGCUGGCGUCACGAGCCUCGCCCCCUCAAUGCAAGUCUACUGUCGUCACGCCCCCUCCCAUAGACUUAGAUUGAGGGGGCUGGGCUCGUGACGCCAGCUCUAAGCGUUCGGAACAUUUAAGCUCAGCACUGGAGUACCCCUUUAAGGUUGAACUUUACAGAUGUGAAUGGAGUCUUGCUUCACUGGUGCUGAAGUAGGUACGCACAAGGAAAAGUUGUUUGCAUCAUUAAACUAAUUCAAUAAAAUGUUCUUUUUUUGCUAUGCCCAUUUUUUCCUCCUUCUAUUUUUUAUGUUCCACACCACCCUAACCUUUUGCUACGAACAUGCGAGCCAGUAGCGUGAAUCCGGCGAGCUUGACAUUAGGUAUCGCGCGGAGACUCUCGUCCAGAUUGAUGGUAAGUGGAAAAAAUAACUUCUAAUGGAUGAACAUGUCCUUUUGGAAGCUGCGUUCUGGGGAUAAUGAUCCUGAAUGAUGCCUUGGACGGCACAACACGGCCUUGUGUGAACGAUGCAGGAGACUACUUAAAAUGUCCCGAUGUCUUUGAAGUCAGCUCCUUGGCUCUGAUCUCUUUCCACUUCACCAUAUUGACUUUGCUAAUUACUCAUCCUCCGACAACAAGGAACCCAGACUGAAAAGGGCCUUUCUACCUAGAGUUUGUCUGCACUCCCCGUUUCCUCCACCCCGUGCUUUCCUUGGCUGGUAUUUUUCCUGGGUUGAAAUUGUCCUUUGUUGGCACAACUUCCUCAGUGAGGUUGCGUCUGAGCCACACAUGAGAUGCCGGAGCUGAUAAAAGGGACAAUCCUUGGCAUUUACAACCAGCGGGGAAUAAAGCGCACUCAGUGUUCCUCGUAAUCUCUUGCGUCGUUUCUUUAUACAACUAGACCAUUCUCUUUCCUCUGAUGCAGCCCGGAAAACAGAGCGGCAUAUAUAAUGACACCCCUGGUCUUUGUGUGCUAUGAGGGUGUACAUUGUGACCACCCUGGUGCACAUGGAAAGUUCAUCAGGGGCCUGCACCUUUCCAUUGGUGACUGUCACUACUCCCCUCCCUACGCACACAACUUAAUAUCAAUUGAGCCAGCAUCAAAGAGACACCUGUCUUUGUCUCUAGUCAGGGAAUGUUUUCCUUCAUGCCUAAUGACUUCCAAAUGCUUCCAGCCAAGCGGAGGGGGGGGGGG